AGCUCAACAUGAGCCUUGUUUCACAGCAGUCUUUGAGGAAUUUCUAUCAUGUUACGUUCACAUAAGCUUUCACUGCGAUUGGACUGAUCGGGGUUUAGACGGCUUAAGGGGCUGGUUGCAAACAUCAGAUUCCUCCACAUUAGCAUCGAGGAACAGGCUGGUGGCCUGCGGAGCGAGUUUAGGGUCAUGGUGAGUGUGACCGCGGUCCUGAAGACGGUGAGCCUGUUUGUUGCAGAGCUCAUCAGCUCCGUCACAGACUGGUUCCAGUCCAAACCAGCAUGGGCUAACCUAGAAGUACUGGAGGACACAGAACUGAAGACCACUGGAGGCGUCCAUGAGCGACACAGGGCCAAAACUUUGUGGGAGAAGACCGGAGCUGUGGUCAUGGUUGUACGGCGCCCUGGAUGAUUAUUGUGCAGAGAGGAGGCUGCUGAGCUGUCCUCUCUGAAGUCCCAGCUGCAGGACCUUGAAGUCCCUCUGUUUGCCGUGGUCAAAGAAAACCUUGGCAAGGAGCUGGACUGCUUCAAGAAGUACUUCUCUGGGAAGGUCUACGUGGAUCAGAAGAGAAAUUUCUACGGCCCUCAAGAGAGGCGGAUGUUUCUCUCCAUGAUUCUGCGUAUUGGCGUGUGGAGGGCCCUUUGGCGGGCCUACAGGAGGGGCUUCGGGGGAAACCUAAAGGGUGAAGGAGUUGUCCUGGGUGGACUCUUCGUCAUUGGGCCUGGAGAUCAGGGUAUUCUACUUGAGCACCGUGAGAAGGAGUUUGGGGAUAAAGUGAAUAUGCUGGCAGUACUCAGAUCAGCCCGCAAAAUGCAGGAAGACAUGGCUAAAUAGACCUCAGAUAUGUGAAUGAAUGGACUCUUUGUUUAGUGAGGAGCUUUGUAAUAACGGUUGCAGCAUAUUUACAUAUGCAUGUCUGCAUUCUUUCAGCCCAACCCAGUAGUUGUUUUCCCUCUAAACCACAGCAUUUCCUCUCACAAGCUGAGCUCUACUCAUACUGUAACCUAAUGUCUUUCUGGAUGCAUUCAACUCUUACUGAUAUGCCACAAACCUGUGUUUAAAAUAUGCCACUUCUUUAACUGUUUAUUGACCCACUGUCAGCUCUGGUCUUGGUUGUGUGUGACGGUCUUUUGUGUGUGUUUUAAUGAAGAUGUUGUUCGUAAACUCUGCUGAGAGAACAGCUCUGAUGCUAGCACACCAAUCCACCUGUUAGCCAACAACAGUCUGGUCUGACAUGAGGGGGAAUUAAACCGUUUGGAGUGAUUAAACGCAUUUUGUGUUGAACCACUAAACCCUGUCAUGCUUAAAGAAACAUUAUCUGC